ACACACAGGCACAUAGAGCUCGAGUCUCUGUAGACUGAAACACAUGUGUGUGCAGACAGUGGCUGGUUAGCGAGGAGCUUUGAACGCAGUGGAGAUGAUCCAAUCCAGUCAGUCCAUCUAUUCUAUCUUCUGCUGCUGUUGUGCUCUGGAGACCCGUACCAGUACUCAUGUGGAUCUGAACACCAGAAAUGGAGAGUAUAACAGGCAUCCAGGCUACACCAACAGAACAGAGCGCUCCAUGAAGAAGCUGCCCCAGCCUCCUCCAGAGGAUGAUGAUGAGGAGCAGAUGAAGGUUGUGGCUCUGUACGACUUCACAGCGAGUGAGAGUUCAGACCUGAACCUCAAGCAGGGAGAGGUGUACACCAUCCUGCACAAGCAGGACCAGCUGUGGUGGAGGGCUCAAGACAAGCUCGGGAAUAAGGGCUUCAUCCCCAGCAACUACGUCACAGGCGUAGACAACAUAGAGGCUAAUGAGUGGUACUGCAAGAACAUUAACAGGUCUGAAGCUGAAACCUUACUACGUCAGGAGAAUAAAGAUGGUGGCUUCAUUGUGAGAGAAUCCAGUCAGCCCAACAGCUACACCGUGUCUGUCUACUCUAAAGCACUGAGUCACUCAGUCACUGAGAGCCUGGGAGAGGUGAGGCACUACCAGAUAAAGCAAACAGACGGAGGGAAAUACUUCCUGGCUGAAAAUUAUGUGUUCGGCUCCAUCCCUGAUGUGAUCCGGUACCACCAGCACAACGCCGCAGGUCUGGUGUCAAGGCUGCGUUUUCCUGUUGGUCCGAUGAGGAAGUGUCUCCCUGCUACUGCGGGAUUCAGCUCAGAUAAGUGGGAAAUCAACCCGUCUGAGCUGACGUUUCUGAAUGAGCUGGGCAGUGGUCAGUUCGGAGUGGUCAAGAUGGGGAAGUGGAGAGCUCUGUGCCGAGUGGCCAUUAAGAUCAUCAACGAGGGAGCCAUGUCUGAGGAGGACUUCAUAGAGGAGGCCAAGAUCAUGACGAGGCUGUGUCACCCGAAGCUGGUGCAGCUGUACGGUGUGUGUACGGUACAGAGGCCAAUCUGCAUCGUGACGGAGCUGAUGGAGAAGGGCAGUCUGCACCACGUUCUGCAGCACAGCACCAGCACACUGCACAGUGUGAGGCUGCUGACCAUGUGCCAGGACGUGUGUGAGGGCAUGGAGUACCUGGAGAAAAACAACUUCAUCCACAGGGACCUGGCAGCGAGGAACUGUCUGGUGAAUGAGAGGAACAUUGUGAAAGUCUGUGACUUCGGCAUGACAAGGUACGUUCUGGACGACAAUUACACCAGUUCUAUGGGUUCUAAGUUCCCAGUGCGCUGGUCUCCGCCGGAGGUUCUGCACUACCAGAAAUACAGCAGCAAGUCUGACGUCUGGUCCUUCGGUGUGCUGAUGUGGGAGGUGUUCUCUGAAGGCCGCAUUCCUUUCGGGAGCAAGUCUAACGUGGACGUGGUGGAGGAGGUCACUCAGGGUGGACGACUCUACAAACCCCAAAAAUGUCCCACAAACAUCUACAACAUCAUGUUCCAGUGCUGGCACGAGAGGCCUCAGGGUCGGCCUUCCUUCUCCCAACUGCUCCAGAGAAUAAAAGAGGUGGCUGAGGAACAAACGACGUAGAGGAGAACAAACAACAAACAAACAAACAAACACCCUGGACUGCACAAACAGCACAACCUGCUCUUCAGCUUCAAACUCACCGUGGCCCAGAUGGACUUCGCCCUGUACAGACCGUGUCAAUAAUAAACGUGUAUAUUUUUGUAAUAAAACUGGCUCUGAAAG